AUGAAACCUGUAAAAAGUGUCACGAUUAUCGACGAUCCGCAAGUACACGAAGACCAACACGUUCAUGCCGUGUAUGACCAGAUUGCCUCUCACUUUUCAUCCACUCGGUACAAGCCCUGGCCUAUCAUAGCCAAAUUUCUCUCUGACCUCCCAACUGGCUGGAUUGGUCUAGACUCGGGAACAGGGAAUGGAAAAUAUCUUCCUCUGCCUGCAGAUCGCCCCGGUAGUAUACUAACAAUCGGCCUCGAUCGAAGUCGCAACUUGCUCCAGAUCGCCCAGCACGCUGGGAGUGAGCCUGGGUGUCCGGUCACUCGGGAGGUUGUUUGGGGUGAUGUCCUUGGAGAUGGUUGGAGAUCAGGCGUAUUCGACUACACCAUAUCUAUAGCUACGAUCCAUCACUUGGCAUCGCAUGACCGUCGAAAGCUCGCCGUGCAGGUAAGGGCUACUUCUCGUCUUUUACAGGCUGUCUCUCCAGUCCAUGGUCGCGUGAUGAUCUAUGUGUGGGCCAUUGAGCAGGAUGAGCUAUCCAAACGGUCAAUCCCUGCUAGCGACACCAAUGGAUCUGACAACCCUAUGACUGGUGAAGAUGUCUUCGUGCCCUGGGUAAUGUCUCAGGGCCAGCACACUGCGAAAGGGAAAUUCAAAAACGACGUGGAGACUCCCGUAUACAACAGAUACUAUCAUAUGUUUGCGAAGGGCGAACUUGAACAGCUCACAGUUCAAGCAGCUGACGAGUUUGGACUGAUGGUUGGAUCGCGAGAGAGCGCAAAUACUAAGGGAUGUAGAGGCGUUGAGAUUAUCCAAGAAGGAUGGGAACGGUCAAAUUAUUAUGUCGAGUUACGGCGCUGGGUAUCUUGA